GCCCCCAGCCCCUGUUCUCCGGAGACCCCGCCGCCAAGCGCCGCGCGCGGCGUGCUCACGGUGACCCUGUGUGCGUGAGGUCAGGGCGCGGGGCGGAGCGGCUCAGGGCCGAGGGGCUAUGCGGCGGGGCGAGCGCAGGGGCGCCGGGGGGCAGCGGCCCGGGUCCCCCGUACCCGCGGGCAAGGCCUCGCUGGAGGAGCCGCCGGACGGCGCGCCCGUGGGUCGCCGCAGCACCGAGUCCGAGGUGUACGACGACGGCACCAACACCUUCUUCUGGCGCGCGCACACCCUGACGGUGCUCUUCAUCCUCACCUGCGUGCUGGGCUACGUGACUCUGCUGGAGGAGACGCCGCAGGACACGGCCUACAACACCAAGAGAGGUAUUGUGGCCAGUAUUUUGGUUUUCUUAUGUUUUGGAGUCACACAAGCUAAAGACGGGCCAUUUUCCAGACCUCAUCCAGCGUACUGGCGGUUCUGGCUGUGCGUCAGCGUCGUGUACGAGCUGUUUCUCAUCUUCAUCCUCUUCCAGACCGUCCAGGACGGCCGCCAGUUCCUGAAGUAUGUCGACCCGAGGCUGGGGGUCCCUCUGCCGGAGAGGGACUACGGGGGGAACUGCCUCAUCUACGACCCAGACAACCAGACGGACCCCUUCCACAACGUCUGGGACAAGCUGGACGGCUUCGUGCCUGCGCACUUCAUCGGCUGGUACCUGAAGACCCUGAUGAUCCGCGACUGGUGGACGUGCACGAUCGUGAGCGUCAUGUUCGAGUUCCUGGAGUACAGCCUGGAGCACCAGCUGCCCAACUUCAGCGAGUGCUGGUGGGACCACUGGGUCAUGGACGUGCUGGUCUGCAACGGGCUGGGCAUCUACUGCGGCAUGAAGACCCUCGAGUGGCUGUCCCUGAAGACGUAUAAGUGGCAGGGCCUCUGGAACAUUCCCACCUACAAGGGCAAGAUGAAGCGGAUCGCCUUCCAGUUCACUCCCUACAGCUGGGUGCGCUUUGAGUGGAAGCCGGCCUCCAGCCUGCGCCGCUGGCUGGCCGUGUGCGGCAUCAUCCUGGUGUUUCUGUUGGCAGAACUGAACACGUUCUACCUGAAGUUCGUGCUGUGGCUGCCCCCCGAGCACUGCCUGGUCCUGCUGCGGCUGGUGUUCUUCGUGAACGUGGGCGGCGUGGCCAUGCGGGAGAUCUACGACUUCAUGGACGACCCGAAGCCGCACCGGAAGCUGGGCCAGCAGGCCUGGCUGGUGGCCGCCAUCACGGUCACGGAGCUGCUCAUCGUGGUCAAGUACGACCCGCACACGCUCACGCUCUCCCUGCCCUUCUACAUUGCCCAGUGCUGGACGCUCGGCUCCGUGCUGGUGCUCACCUGGACCGUCUGGCGCUUCUUCCUGCGGGACAUCACCCUGCGGUACAAGGAGACCCGGCGGCAGAGGCAGCAGGGCACCGGCGACCAGGGCGCGGCUGCGGACAGCGUGGACGGGCGCCCGCCUGGGCCCGCGGAGGCCACGAGGGCGGCAGCGCCAACUCUGCACUGACCUGCCGGGGGCCAGGCCUGCUGACCCUUCCCUUCUGGUUCCCGCCAGGAGCCUCUCCAGGCUUCCCUCUGCUCCCACACAGUGCCCGGCUCCAGAGGGGGUGUCUGGGAGGCCCCGGCCUGGCUGGGCCGGUGCACAUGGGCACCGUGUGUGUGUGCGUGUGCAUGUG